CCGCCUGGCGGCACCAUGAGCUCCUCGGCCGGGGCGUCAGCGGAGUCCCUCAGCUCCGCGCCGCCCGCGGAGGAGGAGGGCAUGACAUGGUGGUACCGCUGGCUGUGUCGCCUGUCGGGGGUGCUGGGGGCCAUCUCUUGCGCCAUUUCCGGCUUUUUCAACUGCAUCACCAUCAAUCCUCUGAACAUCGCUGCGGGCGUGUGGAUGAUCAUGAACGCCUUUAUCCUGCUGCUUUGCGAGGCGCCCUUCUGCUGCCCCUUCAUUGAAUUCGCCAACACGGUGGCUGCGAAGGCGGACCGGCUGAGCUCCUGGCAGAAGGCUGGCUUCUACUGCGGGAUGGCCAUCGUCCCCAUCAUCACCAGCCUGACCCUGACCACGCUGCUGGGCAAUGCCAUCGCCUUUGCUACCGGAGUGCUGUACGGACUCUCUGCCCUGGGCAAAAAGGGUGAUGCCAUCGCCUAUGCCAGGAUCCAGCAGCAGAAGCAGCAAAUGGAUGAGGAGAAGCUCACAGAUACCCUGGAAGGGGAUCUGUGAUGCGGGUCGGGUAACCGCCCCCCUCUCGCCCCUCGGGUUCUGUAUAAGCAAGUUCAAGGAUGGGGCCUGAAGCAUUGACCCCGAGGGACAACCUGGAAGAGGAGCUUUUGCCUGGCUCCCAUCAGCUUCUCUGCACCUGCCCCCACCACUGGAGUCCUCCUGUCUGCCCCCCUCCUCAGACUGGCAUCUCCUGGCCCUGAGCUGGUGCAGAGGUGCUGGGGAGAGGGCACUGGGGAACUGAAAGCCUAGGAGGAGCUUCCCCUGGUGACGUUGCUCCUGUCUCCAGGUGGGAGGCCUGGGCAUUAGCCAGAGUGAGCCUCCUCAGCAAUCCAGGUAGGAGAGCCUCCGGUAGGCUGAGCCACCUAGGCCCAUCUCUGUCUGCCUACCAUCAGGGUAGAGCAGUGUCUGGAGGGCUGUCUGUUGUCGUCCAUGACCCCUGGCCACUCUGUCCCCCGUGGGAGCCCACAGUGCAGCCACAAUGCUCCUGGAGCACCUGGAACAGCAGCUUUGGCCGCAGCCGGACACUUGGGUGGAAGUGCCUCCACGAGUUCCCCGGAGCCUUGGACAGACUGGUUCAGGACACUUCCCAAGGGCCUGGCCUGGGCUCCCAGGCUCUUCCCAUCUCUCCCUCCCCUGGUGCUAAGGAAGUGGGUAGUCCUGCCCUGUCAACAGCUGCUGAGCCCUGUUAAGAGAGGCUGAGCUAUGGUAUUCCUGCAGACCUGCUCCCAGCCUUUUGAGAGCUGGGCACACUGCUGUCCCCACUGCCCUGGGUGCUAGCCCAUCAGGGAGCAAGACCUAGGUGGGGGACAGGGAGCGUGGAGAGCUGGUGCCCAGGGAGCGGCCCUCACCUGUACCCUCAUCUCCCCCAGUUUCCUUCCACACUCGUCCCUUUCUUCUGCCCCAUGGCCUCAGCCCACUGGCCUGAUUGCCUGGCUGACCCUCAGGGGUUAGGCAUGUCGGACAGGGCCUGGCUGAGCCCGGCAGCACUGGACAGAAAUGGGCUGGCAUGGAAAGUGCUCCACUGGGGCCCAGCUCCUGCUCUCCCUCCUCGAAGGCCCCCAGGCUGGGCUUGUUCAGAGCUCAGGGGCCCCUCUUGCUAUGUUGAAACCAGCCCCAGGGCUGUGCCUGGGUCUUGGCUUCCUAAAGGGACUUUUCAUCCCCUUUUGAGGCUGAGUGUGGCAGGCAUUGUCUGCCCUAGGGACACAUCAGUGGGUCCCAGUCAGCAGCAGCCCUCCAGGGAUCCUGACCAGGCUGAGCCCCAGGGUCCUGCAGUGUGGCCGGUGUGUUGGGACACGUGCCUUCAGGGGUCCUCUGAGGUCACCCUCAGGCCAGUGCUGGGUUCAAAGGGCUGUGGGCUCCAGGCCUAUGGUAUGUGUGUGCGCAUUUGUUGGGUGUGUUUUCUCCCAUGUGUGCCGUGAAUAAGACCUGUCUACCUCCCAGGAGGAGCAGGGGUCCUCCUGCCCCUCUUGGCUCUUCUUAUCUAGGAAGGGGAUUCGGGUGUCACUUCAGCCCCCUCCUGCCCAUUACAGGGACCUCGCUGAUGGGUUUCCACCCUAUAGGAGAGGUUAGCUGUGCAUGGCAAGGAAGAUUGCACCUGUACCCUGUGAGGAAAUUGGGUGGGUAAAGGGCGGACUGUAGAGUCGGACACACAGGUGGCAGGGCCCUCCAACCCCUCCCUCAUGGGCCAGAGCAGGCAGGUCACUUGCCCAAGGUUCCCAGCGAGUCUAACGAGCAGUCCUGUAGUGGGUGACCCUGUCUCCCAGUGGGAGUCUUGCCUUGCAAGGAACAUCUGUCCAGGUGGCUGAGAGCCGGGCCACAGGGCCCACUCCUGCCUCCAUGUGUCUGACUCUGACUUCUGGUCCUCAUUUACUCUGUGUUUACCUUAAUUUGUGAGCAAUAAAGCCUGGCGGUUUGUUUGCUCAA